AUGCUCUACAAGGCCACGCGGAUGGUCCUGACGCGCAAAGGAAAAAGCCAGACCUGGGGCUUCAAAAGUAUGGACGGCGAGCCCGCCGACGCUCGGCACGUCGCGAUCGCCCCGGUGCCGUUCCGGAGCGGCACGCGCGACCUGCGCCGCCUCGUCGAGCGUCCAUCAGCGGCGCUCACCGGAGAUUCCGGCACCUGGCGAGCGGCGGCGGCGGACCUCGUCGCCAAGGAGUCGCGCGCCGCGCUGCCCCACGGCGAGCGGAUCUCGUUCCACCGCGACUCGGCGCUCUGCGCGACCCGGGCCGCGGCGCUCGCCCGAGAUUUCAACCGCGCCGUCUGCUCCAAGGCCGCCUCCGUCGGCACGGUCGCCGCAUUCGCCGCGCCGCCUUCCGUCGAGGUCGCGGCCGUCCGGAUCUAUCGGCUUCGGGACGCGCGCGCGCCCGGCGGGUUCCGCUACGCGCAGGUCGAGCCGCGGCUGGAUACCGUGGUGAAUCAUGACGACCCCGGAGUGAGCGUGGGGAGUGACGCAGCGCACACGUUCUCCCACUACACCUACGAGGCGACGUCCGGCCAGGAGAUCGUGCUCGGGCUCCGGGGCGAAGCCACGCGCUUCGUCUGUCCGCGGAUCCACUCGAUCCGACGAAGAUUCGGAGGGAAUGAUCGUGGAGCGGCGGCGGCGCACGCAUUCUUCCAGAAACACACGUGCAACUCCUUCUGCGCGUUCUUGGGGCUCCGGCAGCGCUCCUCCGCGGACAUAGACCUCACGGCGGCCGACGAAAUCAUCGACGGCGACGAGGACGUCGUCGACCUUGCCGGCGACGCCGACGUCAUAGACCUCGCGGGCGGCGACGUCGUCGACCUCGCCGCCGACGACGACUCGGACGUCGUCGACCUCGCCGCCAGCGACGACGACGACUCGGUCGUCGUCGACUUGACGGAUCACGAGGACGUCGCCACGCCGGUGGCCAAGCGGACGCGCGCCGACUCCGACGACGAGGGCCGCGCGCCCACCGACGACGAGGGCCGCGCGCCCAAGCGGCCGCGGCAGGAAAACGUCCCGGUCUUCGACGUCGAAGCCGAGACGGACGAGCUCGCCGCGCGCGGCGCCGCGCGGCGACGACCGGCCGCCGGCAUGAUCACCAUCGAGGACGCGACGGCGACGCUCGAGGCCUCGCUGGCGAGGGUGAAGAAGGAGAACGCCGCCCGCGUCCAGGAGGCCGUCGAGCAGAAGGAGGAGGAGAGCAUGGAGUGCCCGAUAUGCAUGGACGGCCGCAAGGACACGACCCUCGUGCCUUGCGGCCACGUCGUGUGCGCCGCCUGCGCGGGAGACGCGGCGACCUGCCCCACGUGCCGAGGCGCGGUCUCGUCGACGAUGCGCAUCUACCUCUAG